AGGAUACCAUAUCCGAUUCAGAAACCUCUCAGAAACACAACCAGACACAAGUGGAAAGUAGCAAGAGCAGCAUGGACCCCAGAACGAUUCUACUGGAGGCCAUGAAGGAGAACGCCCAGAACAUGCGAACCGAGCAAGAUGCCCUGCUUCAGAUCGUGCCACCAGCCGGGGAUCUGAACAGACAGAGUCUGCACCGUAUUUUGCAAUUGAACCGCCAGAUCGUGGACACCGCAAACUCUUUGAUCGAUACUCUUCGGCAAAUUCACGAUGAGCCCUAUGUCGAGAGUGUCGACAAUCAGAUGGAGCUGGCCCUCAAUGUGUGCAAUAUACUGAUCGACGCUGAGCCCGAUGAACAUGUACCGAAUGGACUACCAGGAGCUCAGAUUGAGGGAAUUGAAGAUGAAGUUGCCGUUCAGAAUGGAUUAUUAGCAGCACAGGCUGCUAGACCUGAGGAGAGUUUGGAGCAUAGAGCUGCUUCUGGAGGGGAAUUCCCGCGAUUUCCCGAACUGAAUGUAUUGGGAGAGGCACAGAUUGAUGGAACUGAAGAUGAAGUUGCCGUUCAGAAUGGACUAGUAGCAGCACAGGCUGCUAGGCCUGAGGAGAGUGUACCUGUCCAGCAUGGAGAACUCUCUAUUAGUCCUCCUGGCUCACAAGUUGGCGGAACUGGAGGGGAAUUUCCGCAAUUUUCAAUACUGAAUGAAUUGGGAGAAGCAGAGGAUGGUCAAACUGGAGAUGGCUUGGUGAGCAGCACGGAGAGCGUCCAGAUAGUCCUCGCUGUUCACAAGAUCAUGGAGCUGGAGAGAGUUUUUCUGCUUAGAAUAGAUUGAGCAGCACACACCAAGCCUUUGAUACAUAUGCACAUACAUAUGUCUAUCAUUUAAUUAUAUUUUUUAAUC